AUGAGAAUAUCUUCAUCAAGUGAAUUUCUUUCAAAAGAUAUGAAAGAAUCCAAUGAAAAACAUUCGAACAAAUCUUCUGUAUUUUCAAUUCCAAAACGUGUUAUCGUAGCCAUUUUAACAUCAUUUGGUUUACUCAUUUCAACUGUUAUUCAAACAAAUUUUGCAAUUACAAAUUCCUUAAUUCUUAAUCCACUCAAUUCGAAAGAUAUUUCUAUUGAUGAUGACAAUGAUCAAACAACAAAUACAACAUUGAAAUUAAGUUGGACAUCAGUUGAAUUAGGUUAUCUCAAUUCCAUAUUUUAUCUUGGAUAUAUUUUAUCACAUAUGCCAGCUGGUUUUCUUGUUCAUCAAUAUUCAGCUAUCAAAAUAUUUUUAUUUCCAUUAUUAUUAUUAUUUAUAUUGAAUUUAUUGAUGCCAAUCACAAUCAGUACAAUUACAUCAGCAUUUAAAAUAAAUUAUUAUUUAACAGCACUUGUGAGAUUAAUUCAAGGACUUUGUGCAGGUUGCGCAUUUCCUGCAUCACAUGGAAUUGUUGCUAAUUGGUGUCCACCAAGUGAAAGAGGAAGAAUGGGUGGUUUUAUUUAUUCAGGUCUUUAUGCAGGUCCAGUUGUCGGGUUUUUCUUAGGAGGAAUUCUUGCUAAAUAUUCUGGACAUUAUUCCAUUUAUUAUGCAUCAGCUAUUCUUGGUUUAUUUUGGUCAUUUGUAUUUGCUUAUUUAAUGUAUGAAAAGCCUAAUGAACAUCCAAAUAUAUCUGAAGAGGAAUUAAUUUAUAUUGAAAAAAGUAUUGCUGAAGUCAAAUCUUUAUUUGAUGAAAAUGAAACGAAUGAAAUGAGUCAAAUUCCUUGGAAAUCAAUUUUAACAUCGUUACCUGUUUGGGCCAUUUGUUGUGCACAUUUUGCACGUGGUUGGACAUUUUAUUUAUUAUUAACAAAUCAACCAGCAUUUUUAAAUGCUUUUGGAUUUGGUGUGACAGAAAAUGGAACAUUUGGUUCAUUACCACAUAUUAUGAAAGUUAUUGUUGCUCUUUCAAGUGGAUUUAUUGCAGAUUUUAUGAGAUUAAAUCUUUUUUGGUCAACAACAAAUGUCAGAAAAAUAAUGACUUGUACUGGAUAUUUAAUUGAAGGAACAUGUCUUUUUGCAAUGUGUCAUGUAACAAAUUCUUAUCUUGGAAUUGCAUUACUUACAUUUGGUGUUGGUUCAAGUGGUUUAAUGGUUUCUGGUUGGCAUUUAAAUCAUCAAGAUUUAGCUCCACGUUAUGCAUCAGUUUUAGCUGGUUUUACUGCUGUUAUUGGAACAUCAGCAGGAAUUCUUAGUCCAAUUCUCGCUGGUCUUCUUACGAAACAACAAGUUUGUCAAUCGAUUUCAUUUUUCAAAGUUGAUUCUUUUCUUUUGAAGGAUUUAAUUGGAUGGUGUCGUGUAUUUACAAUAGCAUCAUUAAUUCUUUAUAUUUGUGCGAUAUUUUAUAUGAUAUUUGCAUCUGGAGAAUUACAAAGUUGGGCUACACGAAAUCAACGUGAACAGAAAUUACGAUUAAAUUCCGAGAAAUUGCCACCUUUACUUUCUUCAUUGGAACAAAAUAUUCAAGAUGAAAAUCAAUUGAAAAAACAAGAGAAAUUCUUUCAACAAUCAAUUGUUAAUGGGCAACAUUGA